AUGCUGAGGCAGGACCUGGGCCUUGAAGGAAACCUCCUCACUGACAUCCUCUACAGGAAUGUGGCUUUGCUUAACCUGGUGGACCCCAUCUCCCAUGACUUGCUUGUGAACCUAGCCCGGGACCUGCAGUGCCCCAAGAAGGACCAUGAGCCCUGGAAGUCCUCCGAUAAGAUCUGUAGGCAGCUCAUCUACCACCUCACUCCUCACUCCAAGCGAAAGCCCCACCGGAAAACGCAGAACAGCCUCAAGAGCAGCCUCCAGAAGACUCUGCUGGUAGGGGAGACUGUGGACCUUUCUGGCAUCCCGCUAUCCGCCCGAGACGUACACCACAUAACGCGCUACCUGGGCAGCCACGGCGUUGAGCUGGUGGUCCUAGACCUGAGCUUCACAGGGCUGAGUGAUGAGCUGCUGCACCUGCUGCUGCCCAGCCUUUGGGCUCUGCCCCGCCUCACCCAGCUGCUGCUCAAUGGCAACCGACUGACGCGAGCUGCCGCCCGGGAGCUCACUGAGGCUAUCAAGGACACCGCCAAAUUCCCGGUGUUGGCCUGGGUGGAUCUGGGUAACAAUGUGGACGUGGCCUCACUUCCCCAGCCCCUGCUGGUUGGCCUGCGAAGGCGACUGAGUCAGCAUACCUCCCUCCCCACCAUCUAUGAGGGUCUGGACCUCGAGCCUGGGGGUGGCAUGGCCGAGGCCUCUGCUGCUGCCUCCACCUGGGGCUCUGCAGCCACUGAGGCAGGACCAGAGCCUCAGGGUUGUUGUGCUAGGUGA